AAAAAUUUUAGCAAUGAGGACAUCGAUACACUGUAUUAUCGGAACAUGCUACCGCCGAAAUUUCGAAAACAAGUGGAUACAUUGGACGAGUGUGUUUGGUUGUACAGGCGUCCAACCCUCGAAGCAACUAACUUAGGAGUAAACGUACCCAAUUUGCGUAUGGUGCUAUGGGGAAGAUGGGGCACUGGCAAAUCGAUGACUGUCUUUCAAACAAUUUACUGUGUAUGGAAUAAAAAUGCCACAUUUUCAGCAAUGCAAAUAAUGCGCGAUUAUAUCGAAGUGAAGAUGUCAACAUAUCGCGAUGGCCGCAUUGAUUUCCCCGUGCUCGGACAUCAAAUUCUGAAUCGAUUCAAAUUGAUGAAUACCCCUCACUGGCAUAAACUAAAGGUUUUUUUGUGUAGUGAAUUUGCCAUGCAUGAACUUUCCGAUUUUUUGUCAUCGAAUACUGGUUUAGCUGCACCAUCGUUGUCAUGUGAUUGUGUUGGAGGCCUGAUUCGAGAGUUAACUUAUCACUGUAGCGCUGGCAAAUUCCCACUGCUUGUUACAAUCGAUCAUGCAAAUUCGUUGUAUGGGAAAACAACGCUGAAAGACACAAAUCAUAAGCUGGUUGAUGCGAAGUAUUUCAGUCUCGUUCAUCACCUUCGAAAAUUACUGCAGCGAAAUGACUGGACAAAUGGUGCCUGUUUAUUGGUUGCCGAUAAACGAGAAGUCAGCGAUGCACGUGACCAUCUUACUGUACCACUUGAAACGCCACUGGAACUGUUCGGAGAACACGUAGAGAACAUUGAGCCUUUCAUACCGAUUGAAACAUCACUGUACACAGCCGAUGAAAUGGAUACACUUUACGAAUACUACUUGGAAAAAAACUGGAUUGCUUCUCAGACAGGACGAACGGAGCGGGCAAAGAAGGAGUUGAGGUUUCUGAGCGCCGGAAGUCCUUACAAUUAUGAACGAUUAUGCGCUUUCAUCUGA